GGGCCAUGGGCAAUGGCCUUGGCCUGCGACUGCAAACCAGCAGGCAGCAGCCGCGCCCACCGGACGCCGAAGCGAACAAAACUAUCCUGGCCCCACCGUCCCAUAUCCAUGAAUCCAACCCAAACCCUAAACCCAAUCCAUGGACCAUACACACACCGAGGCGCCCGUAGGCCGUACCCAAUCAAUUUUCCUACCACCGCCGCACCACCGGACCGUUCAUUCCCGCUUUUCCCAGCCCCGCGCUCCCGCUCCCGCUCCCGCGCCCGCGCCCGCGCCCGCGCUGCUCCUCCUCCCUCGUCUUGUGAGGCCGACAGCCGGAGAGGCACAGCGCACCAAAUGAUUCUGGUGGCCAUCGUGGCGGAGCUGCUGGAGGAGUACACGGCGCUGGUGGCGCGCGUGCUGGAGCAGCUGCUCCACGGCGCGCCCUUCCCGCGCCGCAUGCGAUUCCUCAUGCUCCGGAGCCUCCCCUUCGCCACGCCGCCGCUCCCGCCGCCGCCGCCAGCGCACGCGCUCCACGUCGGCGCGCCCUCCCCGCCCCUCUGAGUCAGAGUACUGUUCCUCGACGUGUUUCAGCGUUUGGUACGUAAGUUCUCAUCUCGGUCAUGAAAGAAAAGGGUAGCGAAUGUGAAUCUGCGCUGCCUCCGAUCCUCUCCUCGUUGUCUCGUUGAGAAGCCUCAGCAAGAGCAGUUUCAGUGUCCACGGAUCUGCUGUGUAAAUUCUUUGCUUAGUUUGUCCGAGUAAUAUAAUAGCAGUGAUUAAUGAGCAGGUGAUUCGGAGUUGUUCUUCUUCUCCGUAUUUUGCCAGUUUGGAUAGCUUCAGCGCAGCUGCCUACCUGGUUCUGGAUGUGACUAGAGUUUACUCUUCUCCAGUGGCGUCACGGUCAGGAGUAGCUAGCAGCCUAGCAGGCGUCUGGAAAUUUCGGACAGACACGUGGCAGCCCAUGCUAGCUUCCAGGCGUUGGACCAUGAUCUAACGCUGGCCGCAGAAUCGCUGUCGCUGGCGAGAAGGGACUGCGGGUGGGACUGCCGUCUCAUUCUUUUGGUGACGUGUGCGAGGGGAUCCAAAUCCAAGGGACGAGACGACAUGCAAGUGUUGCUUCAAUCUUGGCCCUUAAUUCUCCGAAUACUCUUCGUCAUCUUCACUACCACCGAGUUCCCGGUUCAAAUCCAAGGGACUGCCGUCUCAUUCUUUUGGUGACGUGUGCGAGGGGAUCCAAAUCCAAGGGACGAGACGACAUACAAGUGUUGCUUCAACCUUGACCUCGUUCGUUCGUUCACUUUAGUAUACAAUAGUAAUCACACUAUAAACACGGUUAUUGUGAUCUCGUAAGACUUAUAAGUGUCUCAUGGUUAACUACAAUUAUGUGUGUAAGUGUCAAAUAAUACAUGCAAGUAUCAAGGG